CAAACCUUCUUUCAGGCAGAAAAACCUAAACCUAAAGUGGCUUCGAAGCCGGUAUCGUGCAAAAAGUGCAACAGAGAUAUCGCGCCCGGAACUUUAUUCUACGAUGUUAAUAAUGCGCCAAAAUGCAAGGACUGUUGUAUCGAAGAUGGCACCAAACCAGCUCCCAAGACUUCGACAACUCCGGUACCUUGCCAAACCUGCAAGAAGGAUAUAUUGCCUGGAACACCGUUCUUCAAAAUAAAUCAUGCACCAAAGUGCAGGGAUUGUUGCAUUAACAACGGCACUAGAACAGCCCCCAAGACUGCGUCGAGACCGGUAGCUUGUCAGAAGUGCAAGAAGGAGAUAGGUGCCGGAACGCCGUUCUACGAAGUUGACCACGCUCCAAAAUGCCAGCAGUGCUGCGUUGACGAUGCACGUAAACCAGUUCCAAAAACUGCAUCAGGACCGGUACCCUGCCAGAAAUGCAAUAAGGAUAUACCGGCUGGAACACCAUACUAUGACGUAGAUCACGCACCAAAAUGCAAGGAUUGUUGCCUUGUGCGUUCUUCUUUUCUUCUCGCCAGAAGGAGGCUGGCAGACGGCGCGAGACCUCCACUUCAGACGUCACCGAAGCAGGUUCAAUGCAACAAGUGCAAGAAAGAACUGCCUCCUGGAACGCCGUUCUACGAGCUCGAUCACGCACCAAAAUGUGAAGAAUGCAGCGAUGCAGAAAAACCUUACGCGAAGACCGCGUCGAAACCGGUGCCUUGCAAAAAGUGUAACAAGGACAUUCCGGCUGGUACACCAUUCUAUGAGGUCAACAACGCGCCAAAGUGCAAGAAAUGCUGCAUUGAGGAAGGUGCGAGACCGGGUGAAAAAGCUUGUGCAGUACCGGUAGGUCUUACAAAGUACAGCUUUCUGAUGUAA